AUGCUUCCAACCACCCGAAGACUUACAACGGCACCUCUCAAAAGCAUCCGUUUAGGAUUAAGAUUCAAAAAUACAGCAGCAUAUGAUAGCGCGAUCCAAGCUCUUAGACAGGACCUGAAAACUAGCAUUCGCAUGAAAGCAGACGUCUUUGAAAGAAACGUGAUCAAAAGUAUUUUGACUGAGGUCAAAAACCUCGAAGUUGCCAAUGCCGGGAAAGAUCAAGAUGAAUUUCAGCUAUACGAUUUGCUGGCAAAGAUGGUCAACCAGCGGAAGAAAACUGCUGAAGAGUACUUGAAGGAAGGUGCACCUGAUCGGUUUCAACAAAUGGGGUUGAAUGAGCUCAGAGAAAUUCCAUACAUUGAAAAGUAUAUGAAGGAGCUUCCAGUAGCUUCCGAGAGCGAGAUUGAGGCCAGAGUGGAAGCAAUUGCCAAAGAGUUGCAGAAGGAUGAGGAGCUAAGUAGUCCAAAGGCAUUGUUUGGCAAGAUUCCCUGGAAAUCUAUCCAAGAAGAUUGGCACGCUUCUAGAGCAGCAGUUUCUGCCGUUAUUCCCAAAGUUUACGAGAAACUGACGUAAUAAACGUUCCUAGCCGCAUUUAUUCAUAUUAACUUUUACCUGCUUCUUGGACCAAAUCCAAGAACUUUUCUUUCGACAUCUCAUUGACGAGUUCCUUCUUCUUUGUUUGUCCCACUCCUUUGAUGGAAUCAAUCUCUUUACUGGUCUCCGUUUGGGUCGCCAGAAUGGCAUUGAAAAGCUUAAUUACACCUCUCUGAGCAACUUUUCGAUAACGCUUCUCUCUCUCUAGUGUCUGUCUGGCGAGCGAGUCAUCUGUAGGAAGCAAGUUUUUCACUCUGUUAGAAGUGAGCUUGGCUUUUUUCUCUGCGAGGAGUUGCCUUUUGGCUUUGAGCUCUAGUUUCUCGCUUUCUAGUUUUUUUAGCUGUGACUUGGAUCUGGCCAAGAUUGGAUCUUUACGGUUGUGAGCCUUCAAUUUGGAAUCUAGAAGAGCAUUAAUGGCCUUGGAAAAUGACUCAGAACCAUCGCUUUUGUUCUUCUUCUUGCCUGGAAGUGUUGGGAUCUCUUCAUCAUCUGAGUCGUCAUUAUCCGAUUGAGUAGAGUAAUCGGUUUGCGGUUGAUCGUCACUAUCCUCACUUAUUUCUUGGUCGCUCCUAAGAGAAUCGCUUCCACUGGUGGAAUCACUUUCAUUGUCGCUUUCUACACUUGGUUCGCUAUGAUCAUUCUCACUUUGUUCCUUCAUAUCGCUAUCGGUCUCGACUUCAUCGUCACUUAUUUGCACCUUUCUUCUAAGGGACUCUUUCAAAGGAGCGCUUCCGGAUGCUUUGGAUAUUCCCACAGCCACCUUCUGCCUCUUUAGAUCUACUUUUGUCGUCAUCAGGAUUUUCUAUUAAGGACUUGUUUAAAAAAAUUCUAAUAAAUUUUUUUAUCAAGUGUAAGGAUGUACUGAUAUUUGGUGGCUAUCAGGAAUUGAGAGCGCAUGUUGCUUUGUAUUUGUUGGUGACUAGGCCUGCUAAUUUAUUGGGCCCUAAAGAUUGACUGGCACAGAAAGUGAAAAAUGAGAAUGAGCAUUGAUCAAUUACAAGACUGCAGUAAAUUUGUAUUACUUGGCAAUAACUUUUGCAAUAAUGGCUCACUUAAGUAGUAAACUGUAUGCUUAGAAAACUCUUAUGGCUCACACCCAAACCUCAGCCAGAAUUGACCUCCAUUCGAAUCUGAUUGUGGGAGAGUUGUUCUAAUCCAGACUUUAUGAAUUUGGCUCCUCGAACAGGCUUAUCAUUUAUGCGCCACAACCGGGGCUGAUAACCGAUUAGUAAAACUGAGCUAUGUGACAAGGUUUAGUUAGGUCCGCUAAAAAUGAGUCACUCUUAAAAUCCUAAAUAGGAAAUCGUGCGAAUCCAAUGUCGUUCGGGUUUCGGCAAGUUAACGAGCCUGACUGUCCGCAACAUGGCCAGAGUUAUGGCCAUAUUCUACCUGGUAGGUGGAUAUGAUCCGAAGC